AUGCUGAGUACAUGGCUGUUGCUCUUGCUGCCAGCAGACCGGGAUGCCUGCAGAUUCAGGCUGCCGAAGCGUCAGGCACCCAGGCCGCCAGGCAGUGAGGCUGCUUAUAUCUGGCACACCGCAUUGGCUCCGAUCCCGCCUAUCACAUCCACGCUUUCCAGCGGCUGUCUUCAUCCAGAUGAAUCCUUGCUUUCCAUAAGUCAAUCAGGUAUAAUGGUGAGUUCACUGAUAAGCAGUUUGGACUUAUUUGUCUUUUAUUCCUGUCUUCUUUCCAGGCUGUCUUCUGUCAUUCUCUGCCGUAUUCUUUACCAUUAUCAUGAUACUCUGUACCAAAAAACCACACAAAAUGCCCGCGUGUCUGUCAUUCUGAUAAAUUUCAGAUGGAAUAAAUUAAUAUAUUAUUCUGCAUGUCUGGAUGAGAGAGAAGAUAAUAAGAAUGAUGAGCAUCGUGAAGCAUCAGUUAAUGCCAUCUACCUGGUCAGCGGUGUGGUUUGCUGGUACAUUGACGUCAGCCAGCUUGCCUCCACAGACAACCAAGAAACCCCGCGACACAGAGAGCCACCGCAACAGCGACCACAACAAUUAUCCUCAAAAUAG